AUCCAAAAAAAAAAAAAUACCUACGAUCUACAAAUUAUUGGAAAUUGUAAGUGGCUAAUAAAAAUGAACAAAAAACAUCUAUUUGACAAUGAUUCAGAUACUGAAGAAGUUUCACUGAAAACUGAAAAUGAAUAUGCAAAGAAAUAUGAUAAAUGGCGAGAAAAGGAGGAACUACAUAAACUUGAGCAAAAGUAUGGAUCAAAUGGUUCUGAAGGAUCAGAGUCUGACAGUGAAGAUGAGAGUGAUGUUCCUCCUGAGGUGUCUGAAGAAGUAGAGACUCAAUUCCUGAAGACACUUUCUUUACUCAAAACUAAAGAUCCAAGAAUUUAUGACCCUGGAUUUAAAUUUUUCAAUGACCAAGUGGAGAUAGGGAAAGAAAAAGACAAAGAGUUAAGAAAAGUGACUUUUGCUGAUAGUGAUGAUGAUGAGGAUGAUGACAAUCCAAAUAUCUUUACAAUAGAAAAAAAAGCAGAAAUUGUUGAACCUAAAGUUAAAAUAAUAGGAAAGUCAGAGUCAAUGUUUCAGCAGGAGGCCAAAUUGAAAGACUAUUUAACUGGGAAGGCAGAACAUAUUGAUGAUGAAGUGGAAAGAGAUCUGGCCCCAUUGAAGAAUCUGUGGUCAGAUCCAAAGCUUAAUGAAGGAGAGGCGUUCCUUCGGGACUAUAUCUUAAACAAAAGAUAUUUGGGUGAUGAUGAGGGAGUAUCUGAAGCCAAAGUUCGUGAUGAUGAGGAACUGGAGGAAGAUGAGAAAACAGUGGAGGAGCAGGGGAAGUUCGAGAGGGCCUUCAACUUUCGAUUCGAGGAGCCCGAUGAUGAGUAUUUAAAGCGAUAUCCCCGUACCAUGAACUCCAUCCGGCCUAAGGACGAGCGGCGUUCUCGCAAGCGGGUCGAACUACGCUCGCGGAAGGAGCAGGAGAAGCAGAAGAAGAUGGAGGAGAUCGCCAGACUCAAGGCACUCAAGCUGAAAGAGAUACAGGAGAAGAUUGCCAAGAUCAAACAAGUGACUGGCAACGAGGAUCUAGCGUUCAAAGAUGAAGACAUAGAAGGUGACUUCGACCCCGAGCAGCACGACCGCCGGAUGAAGGCCAUCUUCGACGAGCAGUAUUACGGCGCUGCUGAUCACGAGAAACCGGACUUCCCCGACCUCGAUCAAGAACUUGAAAUUGAAAACUGGGAUAAAUACGAUAAGGAAGAUGAAGAGAGAGUUGAUGAUGAUGUUCACUGUGAAGAUGAUAACUUUAAUAUGGACGCAGAUUACGACCCUAAGGCGGCAAAGGCGAACCUUCUAGAAGAACUAAAACGUAACCAGAGCAAGAGACGCAGGAACCGCAAGCGGAAAUCCAAGUUGGCUGAACUGUUGGCUACAGAGAAACCGACGUUUACGCCCGGCGUCGACAAAACGUACUCCGAAUUCAUGGAGGAGUACUACAAGAUGGACUGCGAGGAUGUGAUCGGAGACCUCCCCACGCGAUUCAAGUAUCGGGAGGUCGUGCCCAACGACUUCGGACUCACGGUCGAGGAGAUCCUUCUGGCAGACGACCGGGAGCUGACCCAGUGGGUGCCGCUCAAGAGAAUAGUGAAGUACCGGCCGGAGGACGCAGAGAAGGGGGACGUGAACACGUACCGGCAGAAGGCCGCCGACUCGGAGCUCAAGAAGAAGGUGCUGCCCAGUCUGUUCCGACACGUAGCCGAAGAACCAGAAACAAUUGUUGCUGAAGAAAAAUCGAAGAGAAAGAAGAAAAAGAAGAAAAAAGAUAAAUUUAAAGAAAAUGGUGAUGCUUUAACAAACUUAGUCAUUGAUGAGACUUCACAUAUCACACAGAAUGAUUCUGUUUUGUUUGAAGACAGAAAUAACGUAACCAGUAAUGUAGAAAGUGAGACUGUAGAACAAAGCAGGGUUGAGUCUAAUGAUAAUAUUGCCAACUUCAAUGGUCACACAGACGACACAAAUAGUACUAAAAAGAAGAAAGAUAAAAUAAAGAAAUCAGAUAAUUCAGAAACUAUUUUUACCAAGAAGACUUCUGCUGAAAGUUGUAAAAAUAUGGUUGUUGCUAAAGUAAAGGGAAAGAAGGAAAAACAUAAUUUCACUGUGGAAGAUAUAGUUGAGGCAAAUAUAAUGGCUUCUUCUCAUGGAGCAAGUAUUGGUGGAAAACGCAAAGCAUGUACCUCAAUGGAUGGUAAAGUAGUCAACAAGAAAAGGAAAAGAAAUAAAAAGACAAAACCCCAAAAUGGGAAGGAGGUACAAAAUAAGACAGGAAUUAAAGGCAAACGUCUUUCGGAUCCUUUAUCCAAGUUAUCAGAUGAGAGGUUAAAAGCUUAUGGAUUGAACCCCAAGAAAUACAGAAGUUUCUUGAAAUAUAAAAAGUUUUAGAUAUUUGUAAAUAAAACAUAUUAUUUUAUUAUUA